AUGUGCGCGAGAGACGGCGACCUCCUCGCGCUUGCGCCCGUUCUAUUUGUGUUCGCCUUCGUCACUCGGAACGCCUUCAGUCAGUCGCAAAGCUCAGCCGGCCGCCCGGCGCGUCUCUGCCGCACCAAAAUAUUAGUCCGCCGCGUCGGGCCACGGGCGGCCAGCGCUGGAGCUAUGGCUGCCCAACAGCCUCCGCGUCCAACUCCAAACAACUUACUAUUCUGCGGACCCCCACCUGCCCUGCCUCACGUGCUGCUACUGCCUAAUGAAGCCACACGCACCGUCACACAUUUUGAAGCUGCCCUCAUUGCUGACAAUCAAACAAACGAUACAGAUGCUUUACGCGAAAUAAACAACGUGGGUUUACCCACUUAUGAAGGGAUCUUCCAUGAUCCAGUACAAGUAUUCGAUGAAAAUCAAAACAUGGAGUAUCAACUUCCACCAGAAAACUAUUUACGACGAACUCAAAGUUUUGAUGUUUCUGAUAUUUACGCAGCACAAAUUGUAAACGAAACCGACCCGAAUGUAUUCCGACAGAGGCGUUCGGAACCCGAUUUAUCAAAGUAUGGAUUGUUUGCAGUGUCUACGGAAUGUGAAUCACAACAAAUGCAACACCCCGCUCUAGUACUAAACAAUCCGUUCUACGAUGGUUCAUAUGCACUGGAUCCACACCAGAUAAAUCAAACUAUGGUUGCUUUACCUGAAAAUUAUUUAGCUUUUGAAGAUUCUUUUGUACCUACUUGGGAGUAUAAACCAGAAUUUAUAAUCGAUAGACAAAUAAAUACUGAAAUGUGCUGUGACGGUUUACCCUUAAUACCUUCUAAUGAUCCAUGGUCUGUUUACUGUAACGAUUUUACUGCGUUUCAAUAUUUUUCACCACAUUACGAAGCAUCUCUAGGAGAAGAUACUAUCCAUUAUACGCCAUUAACUGAUCUUGACUACGUAUUACCCCAAUAUAUGAGCUUACCAGUGAUAGAACAAGCCAAUGUGGAAAGUAAUGUAAAUAGUAAUAAUAAUUAUAACAAAGUAGAAGUAGCAAAUGCUUCUAGUGUUAUUAACGACCCAUUUAACAAACAUGAUAAAGAGUCAAAUUUACAUAAAACUGAUGUGCCAGCAAUCGAUUCUGUUGUGAGCAAUGUAUUGAUUGAAGAUGACAAAAUUUGUGCCACUGAAUUUUCCAUUAAAGAAUCGUCUACCCAAAGUGAAGAAUCUUUUAACGCUGAUAUUUCUAACGACGUUACUUCUAGUUUAGCUUUUCUUCCAAGUAGCAAAAGUUCACAAAGACCAGGUGAUGCAGAUGAUACUAGUGAAGAUACGUCUCCGUGCUCUACCGAUUAUCACGAAGCCUCUGCACUUGAUCUAGUUCAGAGUCUUGAUGAACUCUCUUGUUGUAAUAGUACUGAUUACUCCCAAAGUAGAGAUGACGUCUCGCCGACUAUUCCCGAAUUACCCAAAACUGUUAAAAAGGAAAAUCAGGACAGCGUUUCCGCAGUUUCCAAUGCGACGAACAUAUCAAAUCUACCUUUGAAUCAAGUUCCAUCCAUUCCACUUCACGAUCGAACACCGGGGGAAAUGCCUCCUAUACAAAAUUCUUUGCCUGAAAGAGAACCUGUUCAAACAAAUAUGAAAGUACAAGAGGAGGUAUCACAAUGUGCAGAAUCGACCAAAAACUUAGAAAAUAGAGUUCAACAAGACGUAACUAAAACUAAUAAUACCCAACAGUGUAGGACAAAUUCACAAACUAUAUCCGAAUUAUGUGCCUGUGAAAACAAUCAUAUUAAAGUUAUUGAUAAUGCGUUGAAGACAUCACAACAGCCACCUUUUCCACCAGCAGUACCCACGUCUUGGCUGGCUACAAGACCUAGUGGCAAUCAAAUAAAUUUAGUGCGUCCACCACAGAUACGUGUCCAGAAGGCUGAUGGUGUUGUGACAGAUAAACCGCAGAGCCCUAAGGUAGCCCCACACCCUGCUAUCAAGAUAUCACAGUCUAGUACAGAGCCUCAACCGUCAUGCUCUUAUGUACAAGCGCAACCUGCAGCGGCGUUACAACUCAAACCAGAGAAACAGACUAAAGAAGUAGAGGUCAGCCUACAUAUUAUUGUAACAUUAACAAACAUUUAA